GAAAACUGAAAACCAGCAGGAGCGGGAAAAUUGAAAAUGUAUGCUCAUUAGUCUAGGCGGAAGCAGCCAGCGGGAAAAACUAACAACAAAAGCGCAUUUUACAAGGACCUCUUACCCCUGCACCACCCUCCCACGACCAGAAACGACAAGUUCCUAAGUCAAAAGGCAACACCAAUUCACAAUUAGCAACAACGCUAAAUUACGAGUAGGAGAGGCGGAGUGAAAGCGUGCCAGAUGGUUGGAAGGACAGUUGGCAAGAGUCAAGGACGCGCUUCAAAAUAAUUCGCAAAAGUAUGAACCAGAAUCCGCCGGCCAAAGGCAGUAACUCCAGCUAUCUCGAGCCCCACAAGAUGCCAGCAUCCUCAGCGAGCUGAUGCGCCUGCCAGCCAGCCACUUGAAUCGCAAAAUAAGACAAAUUUUCGGAGAGCUCGCAAAUUAUCGCUAAGGAAAUUGAUAGAUUCGAUUAGCAAUCUAAAAAGCAUAGCAUACCAGCCACCGAAAGAAGAGCUGGGCGUCGUCGUCGUCGUCGAAGACAACAGCCGGCGGCUUCUUUAAUUUGUCAACCAUCCCAGCCGCCCCAGCCAGCCCCUCGGACUUCCGCCAAAUCCAUCGCUUUAAGCCAACAAACAUCGAGUCAUGCCUGAGCAGGAUAAUUACGAUGAUGAGUUGGUCUCCAGCAAUCCGAACCAACGGAACUGGCGCGGGAUCCUCAUCGCCCUCCUGGUCAUAAUAAUUGUCCUGGCCCUGAUUGUUACAUCGGUGGUGCUCCUCACACCCCCCGAUGAAGGACCUCGCGUCAAGGGGCAGCGCAUCAAGCUGCAGGACAUCGUUGAUGGCCUCUUUUUGCCGCAACACUCCAACGGCAGCUGGAUCGAUGGCGAGGAGUUUUUGUAUCAGGACCAUUUGGGUCGCAUCUGUCUGCUGAAUGCAGCCAAUCGCUCGGAACGUGUCCUCAUGUCCAACGUGACAUUUAAAACCCUGGCCCCCUUCACCUUCACCAUAUCGGCGGACAAGCGAUAUCUGCUCCUGGCCCAGAACGUUGUGAAAUUGUUCCGGCACUCGUACCUGGCCCAGUACACGCUCUACGACAUUCAGACCAGCGAGAGCAUCAAACUGCGCCACAGUGGCCACCAGGACGAGUGGCCGUAUCUGCACUACGCCCGCUUCACGCCCUCCGGGAAUGCCCUGGUCUGGGUGCAGAGCUACGAUAUCUACUACAGGCAGGAGGUGCGCAGUCCCGUGGUGCAUCGGAUUACCCAUGAUGCGGUGCCCGGAGUGGUGUACAAUGGCAUACCAGAUUGGUUGUACGAAGAGGAAAUCCUUCAUGCAAAUAAUGCGAUUUGGAUGUCCGACAAUGGCCAACUGAUGCUGUAUGCCACCUUCAAUGAUACGCACGUGCAGGAGCAGCACUUCGCCUGGUAUGGAACGACGGGACCGUCCGGAGGAGCGGCUGCAGCUGCAGCAGCGGCGUCAGCAGGUCUCGGUGGCGGUGGCCAUGGAAGCGGAGCAGGAUCAGGGAGCGGUGGGUCGUCGGCCGGAAGUAAUCCGCACGCCAACCUGUACCCGGAAAUCAGAUCCUUACGCUAUCCCAAGCCAGGCACACAGAACCCCACGGUAACGCUGCGCGUAGCUGACCUCAAGGAUCCCCAGAAAGUUCACAUCACUGACCUGCGCCCGCCACAAAUUCUGGCUCAUGAAGACCACUAUUUCAGCAGCGCCAGUUGGGUGAGCCACUCCAAGAUUGCCGUAGUUUGGCUGAACCGACCGCAGAACAUCUCCGUGGUCAGUGUCUGCAAAGCCCCCACCUUCGAGUGCAUUGAGACCCACCGAGUGAGCGGCGACGGACGCGGGUGGGUGGACACUGUGGCAGUGCCGCUGUUCGCCUCCAACGCCAGUGUUUAUGUGGCCAUCUCUCCGCUGCGCGACGGACUGUUUGGCUAUUUCCGGCACAUCGUACACGUGGACAUUGACAAGAAUCGAGUCCUGCCCCUCACCCACGGGCCCUACGAGGUGAAUCGAUUGCUGCACUGGGAUCAGCUGGAUAAUUGGAUCUACUUCCUUGGCACUCCGGAGCGUCUUCCUUCGCAACAGCACUUAUAUCGCGUAUCCGCCCUGCCGGCCCGCCAAGGCCAGGCCCUGCACAGCCCCGACUGCCUGACCUGUCCACCCGUAUCGCAACGGGCCGAUGGCGUCGAGGAGGGCCACACCAAGUCACCACCGAAACUGGUCACCGCCUGGGACGAUGACUGGGAGGACUCCGAGGAGGAAGAAGUCCAGCAGGCUCCACCAGCGCUGCCAGUGGAGCAGCAGCGACCCGGAGGCAGGGGUCAGAGUGCUCCGCUACCACCGCCACCCAGCGAUUGUUUGUAUCACGAGGCGCAGUUUCCGCACUCCUUGCAGGCGCGCUAUGUCCUGAUCGAUUGCCUGGGCCCCGUCGUGCCCACCUCUAUCUUAUAUGGCCUGAAAUCCACAGGACCUGCUGGAGGACCCAAGGCCAAGCGGCAAAGCACUCAGCAAGAGGAACCACCGACGGAGGGCAGUGGGGAGAAGCCGCCUGGCGAGGACACCCCCAAGUCCCAGUUUCUGGAGCUCCUGGUUACCGUUCAAAACAACACACGACUAAAAGAGAAAAUGGCCAAGACGGCUAUGCCGCAAGUGAAGACCUUCCCGGUCAUGAUCUCGGGAGGGUAUCACGCCCAAGUCCGACUGUUCUUGCCGCCAGUUCUACGAGAGGAUGAGAUCACCCGGUAUCCCACCAUUUUGCAUGUUUAUUCUGGUCCUGGCAGCCAGCUUGUCACCGAUCGCUGGCACGUGGAUUGGAAUACUUACCUAGCCGGCAGCAAGGACUAUAUUGUGGUGGAGAUCGAUGGGCGCGGCUCGUCGGGUCAGGGGUACCAGCUGCUCCACGAGGUCUACAAGCGGCUAGGUAGCGUGGAGGUUUCCGACCAGCUGGAGGUCAGCGAGUACCUCCGGGACAACCUCCACUUUAUCGAUGCUCGACGGAUGGGUGUCUGGGGCUGGAGCUACGGAGGCUACACGGCUGCCCUGGCCCUGGCCGGACAGCAGUCCAUCUUCCAGUGCGGCAUCAGUGUAUCUCCGGUCACCAAUUGGAAGUUAUAUGACUCUACUUACGCCGAAAGAUAUCUGAGUUUCCCCAACGUGACGGACAAUUACAAGGGCUACGAGGAGAGCGACCUCUCCAAGUACGUGGACAACCUGAGGGAGCGUCAGUUCCUUUUGGUUCAUGGCACCGCCGACGACAAUGUCCAUGUCCAGCAGUCCAUGGUCCUGGCCAGAGCUCUGACCAGCAAAGGCGUCCUCUACAAGCAGCAGAUAUAUCCCGACGAAGGUCACAGUCUGUCGGGGGUUAAGCGACACUUGUACCGCUCCAUGACCGCCUUCUUCGAGGAUUGCUUCAAGAAACUGGUGCCGCCGGAGUCGAAAGCUGGCCUGGGCAAUGGCGGCGAUAUGCAGCAGCAAUAAACAUAAAUUAGGGAAUCACCAGCAACAGAGGAAAAAAUAUAUAAAAAUAAACACAAUUCUGAUAAGAAAAGUAUGGAACAUAACAAAACUUCAACCGGAACGUGCGAACGUAAUGUUUUUUUGUAAAUUGCAUUAAAUGUGAUUUAUUAUUGACACACCAACACAGCCACAAACACAAACUCUCACACAGACACAGAUCCAGUUAAAUGGCAGGACAACAAAAAAAUGGAAAGUGAAACAGACGCAAGAGCAACUAAGUUAAAUGGCAUUUUGUGUAAAAUUAAUAAGCAAAACAGCAGCGAAAGCGAAACCGAAACGAAAUGAAAACGAAAUGCCAAGUAAGUGUGCACAAAGAGAAGCAUAAACAAAUAACUGUAUAUGUAUGCGGACAAAGCGAAAAAAAUCCACAUGGUUGUGAAAACAUAACUCACACGCACAGCACAGAGCCACACACACACACGCACACACAAACACUUACAAACUCGGCGAACAAGAGCGGGUGCGAGAGAGUGCGCAGAAAGGUAGGCAAUAAAAAUUUACACAUGCGGCUUUUCUCCUGUGACAGGUGUGACAUUUCAAUGCCCUUACAAAGGGUAUUCCCAAGUCCAGCAAUCCUUUGGGCAGCAAUUAUUAAUUACUUUGAUUAAGAUUAAAAAAUUAAAUAAUAAUUUUUAGUUAUCAACUUUUA